ACAGGCGCAGCCCAAGUUGCCAGUGUUUUGAAAUGUCCAGCCAACCAUCUGCAGCUACAAAGUCCCCACUGAGAAAUUGGCAGGACGCAAAGAAAUGGAAAUCAACAAAGGAGUCGCUAUGUUAAGCACAAGAGCUUCUGGCAGCCCAGCUGAAGGGAGACCAUAUCCUCCUCAGAAACCAGUUGAAAACAGAACUAUUCACAAUGAACAGGAAAUUAAAAGCAUGAUGUAGUGGUGACCCAGAAGGAAUGUGGAUGCUUCUCCAGGACUCACAGACCCGUGGAUGAACUGUGCUUCUAGAUUUUACCUCCAGCUUCUCUGAGAGAGACAUGUCCAAAAUGCACAGGAGACACGUGAGUGUGGUUCAGCAAACCUGGGCUCUUCUCUGCAAGAAUUGUCUUAAGAAGUGGAGGAUGAGAGGAGCGACCUUCUUGGAAUGGCUUUUCUCAUUUUUUCUAGUGCUGUUUGCGUACUUAAUGUCCUCCAAUUUACACCAAGUUAAUGACUCUCCUCACAUGCCUGCAGAGUAUCUGGGACGUGUCGAUCAUUUUAAUGAUUCUGAUUAUUUUAUUGCAUUUGCACCCAAAUCCAACACUACCCAAUUGAUAAUGGACAAAGUGGCUUCAGCCCCAUUCAUGAAAGGAAGAACAAUCAUGGGGUUGCCUGAUGAAAAAGGCAUUGAUGAACUGGAUUUAAACUUUUCUGUAGAUGCUGUGAAAGUCAUCUUUACUGAUUCAUUCUCAUAUCAUCUGAAGUUUCAUUGGGGACAUAGAAUCCCCAAUAUAGAAGAACACAGAGACCAUUCAGCUCAUUGUGAAGUAACAGAUAAAAGAAUCACAUGUAAAUCAUCAACAUUCUGGGAGAAUGGCUUUGUAGCUUUUCAAGCUGCCAUUAAUGCUGCUAUUAUAGAAAUUACAACAAAUCAUUCAGUGAUGGACCAGCUGAUGUCGGUUACUGGUAUAAAUAUGAAGAUAUUUCCUUUUAUUGCCCAAGGAGGAAUUGCAACUGAUUUUUUUAUCUUCUUCUGCAUUAUCUCUUUUUCUGCAUUUAUAUACUAUGCCUCAGUUAAUGUCACACAAGAAAGACGAUACAUUAAGUCACUGAUGACAGUGAUGGGACUUCGAGAGUCGGCAUUCUGGCUUUCCUGGGGUUUGAUGUACGCCGGCUUCAUUCUUAUCAUGGCCACAGUAAUGGCUGUCAUUGUGAAGUCUGCACAAGUUGUCGUCCUAACCGGCUUUGCGGUGGUCUUCCUCCUCUUUCUCCUCUAUGGCCUGUCUUUGAUAACUUUAGCUAUCCUGAUGAGCGUGCUGAUAAAGAAACCUUCCCUCACUGGCUUGGUUGUCUUUCUCCUUAUUGUCUUUUGGGGAUCCCUGGGAUUCACAGCCUUGUACUCACUUCUUCCUGCGUUUUGGGAAUGGACCUUGUGUCUUCUGAGCCCCUUUGCCUUCACUGUGGGAAUGGCCCAGCUCAUACAUUUGGACUAUGAUGUGAAUGCUGAUGCCCAUUUGAAUUCUUUGCACAACCCACACCUCAUCAUAGCGACUCUUUUCAUGCUGGUUUUUGAUACUCUUCUUUAUCUGGCAUUGACAUUGUAUUUUGACAAAAUUUUGUGCACUGAGUAUGGACAUCGACAUUCUCUCUUGUUUUUCCUGAAGUCUUCUUUUUGGUUUCAACACCAAAGACCUGAUCAUGCGGCCCUUGAGAAUGAAAUAGAUUCUGACCCUUCAUCUGAUGACUCUUUUGAACCAGUAUCUCCAGAAUUCCAUGGAAAAGAAGGCAUCAGAAUCAAAAAUCUUAAAAAAGAAUAUACAGGAAAGCGUGAAAAAAUAGAAGCUUUGAAAGGUCUGGUGGUUGACAUAUAUGAAGGACAGAUCACUGCACUCCUUGGUCACAGUGGAGCUGGAAAAACCACCUUGUUAAACAUACUUAGUGGACUGUUGGUUCCAACAUCAGGUUCGGUCACCAUCUAUAAUCACAGACUUUCGGAAAUGACGGACUUGGAGACUGUCAGAAAGCUCACUGGAGUUUGUCCACAGACCAACGUGCAGUUUGGCUUUCUCACCGUGAGAGAAAAUCUCAGACUGUUCGCUAAAAUCAAAGGGAUUCUGCCACAUGAGGUGGAGCAACAGGUACGACAAGUUUUACGGGACUUGGAGAUGGAAAAUAUUCAAGACAUUCUUUCUCAAAAUUUAAGUGGUGGACAAAGUAGGAAACUCACUUUGGGGAUUGCCAUUUUAGGAGAUCCUCAGGUUCUGCUGCUGGAUGAACCGACAGCUGGGCUGGAUCCUCUCUCCAGACACCGAGUGUGGAACCUCCUGAAAGAGGGGAGGUCAGAUAGAGUGAUCCUCUUCAGUACCCAGUUUAUGGACGAGGCUGACAUCCUGGCUGGUAAUGUCUGGUUUUCUCCAUGUGUGUUAGUGAGGAAUCAGGGACACGUAAAUGUUAGUUUGCAUCUGAAAGAAAGAGCCGAAACAGAGAACACAACAUACAGGGCCAAACACCACAUCCCUGAUGCCAAAUUAACAGCACAAAGUGAAGAAAAACUUGUGUAUAUUUUGCCUUUGGAGAGGACAAACAAAUUUCCAGACCUUUACAGGGAUCUCGAUAAAUGUUCUAACCAAGGCAUUGAGAACUAUGGUGUUUCCAUAACAACUUUGAAUGAGGUGUUCCUGAAAUUAGAAGGAAAAUCAACACUUGAUGAAGCAGAUCUAGAAAUGUGGGGACAAUUACAAAGUGAUGGAGCAAAAGACACAGGAGGCCUUGUUGAGCUGGAGCAAGUUUUGUCCUCCCUCAAAGAAACCAAGGAAGCCAUCAGUGGCAUGGCUCUCUGGAGGCAGCAGGUCUGUGCAAUGGCAAAAGUUCGCUUCCUAAAGUUAAAGAAUGAAAGAAAAAGCCUGUUGACUCUGUUAUUGCUCUUUGGGAUCAGUCUUAUCCCUUAUCUUUUGGAAUAUAUAUUCUACGAGUUGUAUCUUAAAGGUGACUCUUGGGAGCUCUCUCCAAAUAUGUACUUCCUCACACCAGGACAACCACCACAAGCUCCUCUGACCCAUUUACUGGUCAUCAAUAAAACAGGGUCAAGCAUCGAUAACUUCAUACGUUCACUGAGGCAACAGAACAUUGCUUUAGAAAUGGAUGCUUUUGGAACUAGAAAUGGCACAGAUGAGCCAACAUACAACGGUGCUAUCAUUGUGUCAGGGGAUGGAAAGGAUCACAGAUUUUCAAUAGCUUGUAAUACAAAAAGACUUAAUUGCUUUCCUGUCCUCAUGGAUGUCCUUAGCAAUGGGCUGCUUGCCACUUUUAAUUCUUCAGAACACAUCCGGACUGACUGGUGCACAUAUUUUUUAAAGGAUGCUGGGUAUGCCUAUAUGACUCAUGCCUUCUUCUGGAUCCCCAUGGCAGCCUGUUUCUCCCCGUACAUUGCAACGAGCAGCAUCACUGACCACAAUAUAAAAGCUCAUUCCCAGCUGCGGGUUUCGGGCCUCUAUGCCUCUGCUUACUGGUGUGGACAGGCGCUGGUGGACGUUCUCCUGUACUUCCUGAUCCUCCUUGUAAUGCACACAAUAGAUUUCAUCUCUAACCCAGAAGAGUUUACAUUUAUAAUUCAAAACAUGUUAAUUCAUAUCCUAUGUGACAUUGGCUAUGCCUCAUCUCUUGUUUUCUUGACAUAUGUGAUUUCAUUCAUUUUUUGCAAUGGGAAAAAAAAUAGUGGCAUUUGGUCAUUCUUCUUCUUAAUUGUCACCAUCUUUACCACAUUUGCUGUUGAAAUAAAUAUGUAUGAGUUUCUAUGGCUAUUUCUCAGCACCAUAUUAAUACCACAGUACACAUUGAUUGGCUCUUUAUUAAUUUUUUCUGCGGUAAGUAGUUCUAUACCUGUCCUACAACGCUUCCCUCAACCUACCUUCAGGCAGGUGAUCCGGGCCCUGUGCAGGAACACGGACAGGGGCGUCCUCCUGACCACUCACUACAUGGCCGAGGCCGAGGCCGUGUGUGACCGAGUGGCCAUCAUGGUGUCGGGGAGGCUGAGGUGCAUCGGUUCCAUCCAACACCUGAAGAGCAAAUUCGGCAAAGAUUACCUGCUGGUGAUGAAGGUGAAGACCCCUGCACAGGUGGAGCCCCUCCACGCAGAGAUUCUCAGGCUUUUCCCCCAGGCUGCUCGGCAGGACAGAUGCUCCACCCUGGUGGUCUACAAGUUGCCUGUUGAGGACGUGCGACCUUUAUCACAGGCUUUCUUCAAAUUAGAGAUGGUUAAACAGAACUUUGACCUGGAGGAGUACAGCCUCUCACAGUCUACCCUGGAGCAGGUUUUCCUGGAACUCUCCAAGGAGCAGGAGUUGGAUGAUUUUGAUGAAGAAAUUGAUCCUUCAGUAAAAUGGAAGCUCCUUCCACAGGACGAAACUUAAAGCUUUAUAUAUAUAUACCCCAUCUUUCUUGUUAAAUGUAUAACUCUUUUUAAGACAAUAUUUUGUAGCAUUAAUGUACCUUAUCUCUUACAUGAUACUGAAUACUUUUGAGAGUCAUGGCAUAAUUUUUCCACUUAGUUUUUCUCAGAGCAGGAUGAGGGGUGGCGUCAGUGAGGGAAAUGGCAGAGCACCAGACUCCAACCAGCAUCCAAGACCCAUGUUUCACACAAGAUUCAGCUUUAAGAUGCAUUUAUUAUAGGAUUGUUUACAUUUCUAAAAAUGAUAGAGAUUGUUUAAUUAUCUUUCUCUGAACUUCAGAUUGUUGAAUAUUUUCUUAGUUUUUUGAUGAAAGUAUAAAUUAAGACAUCAGUUUUAUUUUAGGGAAAAGGGGAAUCAAUUUUUUACAUAGCAGCACAGUAUACAUUCUUUGUAAUUCUCUUUUUUUAACCUGUUGUUAAUCCACUAAUUUUUCUUUCCCAUCAUUUUAUACAUGUUAGAUUGUAGAGUUCAUGUUUUUUGUUUGUCAUAGCUAUAAAGGAAAUUUGUAAACUAUUAAAUUAGAAAAUUGAAAUAAGAAUUUGAAUAAUCAA